CACGACGACAAACCCGGAAGUGAGUGUGUAAACAAACCUGUGAAAAGAAUGGUUUAUGCAUUCAUAAUUCAUGUUAUUGCAGGUGAUUCUGCAAGAGUAGUAUACCAACGAUAUUUCAGUCAAGAAAAUAUAGCAGAAUUUCGUUCUGGUUGCAUGUCUCGGGAGAGGACACUAAAGUUGAACUCUUAUGAGCUCAAUGUUCCGACCCCUAAUCUAAGUCCAGCCCCAAGUCCUGUUGAUGUGACUGGGUCGUUCAGGAUUGGGACUCCUGAUCACUUUCAUGGAAGAAGAUCACGUUCACCAUCCCGUGGAACUGUUCAAGACCAGGAAACAGAACAACCUAGCUCGAAGGAAUUGAUUGCCAGUCGGAAACAACAGUCGCAAAUAGUUUCUGACUUUGUGCAAUCCGAAUACAUCUUUCGGAAAGCGAUUACAGGGCGUACUGUGGAGGAGGACUUGAGCAGAUUGAACAAUGAAGAUGUUUUGCCCGAAUUCGAGAUGGGAUUUCUUAGAUUGCCUGCAGGGGAACCAUAUCAAACUGAGAAACUUUCCUUGUGGUUAGCGGCAGCGAAUUGCUGCUUCAGCUUUGUGCUGGAAGGACAUGAAAAUAUGACGAUAGCUGAGAUUGUCUUGAAACGUCUGAUUGGAUUUCUUCAGGAGCAUUUACGUGUAAUAAGCCAGCCAUCUGAAGCCAUGUUGAAAGUUGAUAGAGUUGACCUUAUACUUGAUAAAUAUUUGCCCGGAGGACAGUUACUUUUUAUGAAUCACAGACUUUCAAGGCAACUGGAGAGACAGAUAGAACAAGUCAUGAAGUCAUGAUGUGACUGAUUUAGAACAUGUAACAGUUGAAGGAUGGUGAAAAUUGAUGACAGAUAAUAUCAGUAUUGUUUGGAUCCUUUGUAAUUAAACUGGUUCUAAAACAGUUUGUUGUUGUAAUUCAUUGAGAAAAGGAUUGAUGAAGUCGGUCUCCAACUGCUCUCGAAGACAAAACCAAAAUGCCUUGAAUAAUGUCCUUGUGUCAUUGCCUACACAACCAAUCGGAUUCCUCAUCAGACAGAUGGCUGGUUGUGACAUUGAGCCAGCCAUGGUUACACGACAUGCUUUCAAAGCACCAUGGUGGUUUUAUU